AUGUCCACGUAUUUUGAGCAAUCAGGGGCCUGGAAUACUUCGGUAUUGCUAAAGCGUAGUAGCCCGGUGGCUUCGGUGGGCUUUGACUUUACACCUCUCUUUGAAGACACUGUCUUGUCGCUGCUACCAUCGGCACUUUUCUUACUAGUCCUACCAUAUCGCAUUGCAUGCCUUCAUGGUCAACAGCCGAAAGUCUUUUCUGGAGGCUUUCUGCGCGAAAGCAAAUCCAUCUUCUUGGUGACAUUGGCUACGAUUCACCUCGCGCUGUUGAUCCUCCACAUAUUGAGCCCAUCAUUACGCACGCCCGCCACUCUUCCCGAGUCCGCCGUCACAUUCAUUGCCAGUCUAGGCCUUUGUCUACUUUCGCGGCUGGAACAUGCUCGCUCGGUCCGCCCAUCGGCCAUUAUCAAUGGCUACCUCCUUCUGACUUUGGUGUUUGACAUUGCCCGUGUGCGAAGCCUGUUUCGCGCCUCAGCUGCCAGUUCUCUUUCUGGAGUAUUCUCCAGCAUGAUCGCGGUCAAGGUGACGGUUCUACUGGCCGAGGCAGUCGAAAAGCGACAGAUCCUCCUGCCGCCAUACCGAGAAUUGUCGCCAGAAGAAACAAGUGGCAUUUACAGCCGCCCCUUUUUCUUCUGGCUGAACCAACUCAUGAACUCGGGCUUUCACCGUGUCCUUCAGAACCAGGACUUGUAUCCCAUUGACAAGGACAUGUCCUCCCAGGUUCUUCAACAGCGAAUCAAGAAGGUGUGGAAUAUGACGGUACAGAACCAGCCGCGGGCCCUGUUCUGGGCAGUAUUACGUGCCAACUUGAAGCCCUUUCUCUAUUGUCUUCUUCCCCGUUUGGUUCAGAUAGGGUUCAAAUAUACCCAACCGCUUUUGCUAACCCGCAUCGUCAGCUUUGCGAGCGAUGAGAGCCAACCUGAAAGUAUCGGCUGGGGCCUGAUGGGCGCCUUUUUCCUCGUUCUCCUCGGGCUUGCUCUGUCAAACGGCGUGUUUUACCACAUGACUUUUCGGUUCUUGACCAGUGCCCGUGGAAGCUUGAUCAGUAUGAUCUACGCCAAAACGCUGGAUCUGGACAUUACGGCUCUCGAUGAAUCAGUUGCAGUGACCCUCAUGUCCAGCGAUGUUCAGUCGAUUUGCAACGGGUUACAGCUGGUUCAUGAUCUCUGGGCGGUACCUUUGGAACUCGCGAUCGUGGUCUAUCUCUUGGCCCAGGAGAUCAAGAUGGCAGCGAUAGUCCCCGCUGGGCUGGCACUUUUCUGCACUGUCGCCAUUCUGUCGAUGGCUAGAUAUAUGAGCAACGCACAGAAAGUCUGGAUGAAAAGCAUCCAAACGCGAGUGGAUGUCACAGCGACCAUGCUAGGGUCGAUGAAGUCAGUCAAAAUGCUGGGUUUCACUGACUGGCUGUCGUGGAAUUUACAACGGCUUCGCGUCCAUGAACUUCACGAGGCAAAGCUAUUUCGCCGCUUGCUCGUAUUACGCGUGUUCCUUGCGAAUAGUCUCAGGUUUCUCGCUCCACCGGUAACAUUAGCCAUCUACACGUUAGUAGCCAAAGAGGGUCAUGGGUUAAGUGUGACCUCGGCCUAUUCGACACUGUCGCUGAUCUCGCUGGCUGCGUCACCGGUCAAUGUUUUUAUCCGAGCCAUCCCUGCCAUGAAUGCUGCGUUGGCCUCGUUUGCCCGCGUCCAAGUUUACCUACAAUCAGACACUAGACAGGAUUAUCGCAUCUUCAUGGACGAUCCUCCAGCCUCGGCCCAGCAAGCCCAGACAACCUCAGAGAGUAUAGAACUGGCACAUAUGAGUCGCCCCAUCCGCCAUGCUACUUCGGAAGUGAUCACAGCCCGUGAUGUGAGCAUCUCAUGGAGUCAAUCUGCAUCUUUUUCGAUUCACAAUAUCAACUUGAGUUUUUAUGAAGGACAAUUCUACUUCAUAAUUGGACCGGUGGGCUGCGGGAAGAGCACGUUCGUCAAGGGGAUCCUCGGUGAAACGCCUUCAACAAAGGGAUUCUUGCACGCAAGGCACCGCGAGACGGCAUUCGUCGAUCAGACGCCCUGGAUCUGCAAUAUGUCGUUCCGCAAUAAUGUUGUGGGUGCGUCACCAUAUACCGAUACAUGGUAUCACGAGGUUGUCAACGCAUGUGGACUGGGGCAGGAUGUUGCUCAUCUUCCACAUGGCCACGCGACCAAGGUUGGUUCAUCUGGUAUCUCCCUCUCCGGUGGACAAAAACAAAGGCUGGCCCUCGCUCGUGCAGUGUAUGCGCGUAAGAGGGUUGUCAUUCUCGAUGAUGUUCUGUCAGGAAUUGAUCUAGACACGCAAAACCAUAUUAUGAAGAGCCUGUUCGCGAACCAGGGUCUCUUUCGUCGCCUGGGCACAACGGUAGUACUGGCCACUCAUUCUGUACAUAGUCUCUCCUAUGCGGAUUAUAUCGUCGCCAUGCAGAGUGAUGGGUCAAUUGCGGAACAAGGUACUUUGGAGGAGCUUGAGGCCAGCGGCGGCUACAUGAGCACCCUGCGGGCCCAGUAUAAACAUCGAACAGCUAAAGGGUCUAGUUCACACAAGCUUCCAGCUCUCAAUGUUGCACAUUCCGGCUCCGAGCAAAGCCCUGGCAUUGAGGCCACGAGCCAGGAAAGGACCAGGCAAAGUGGAGACUGGACUCUUUACCACUGGUAUUUUGGUACUGUGCACUGGGCAUCCACGGCUCUCUGGAUGAGUUCCUUCAUCUUGGAAGGCAUGAUUCCCAAGUUGAGCGAAUGGUUGGUUAAUGUCUGGAUGAACGCAGUAGCUCGCCAGGGCAGCGCCGUCAACUCUUUCUACCUGGGUCUUUAUAGCAUGUCAUCGAUUAUCACGGUGUUGACACUUGUUGGUGGCUCGUACCAUUUACUUAUGUUCUUCGCGCCCCGCAGUGCUGAGAGACUGCACGAGCGUCUCUUAAAAUCGGUCAUGCAUGCGCCCCUGUCGUUCUUCACUUCGGUCGACACUGGCACCACAGUGAAUCGGUUCAGUCAAGAUAUGACGCUCGUUGACCAUGACUUACCAUACGCCGUCCUAGACUUCGUAUUCGCCCUAGCAGGUGGGGUUAUGUCCGCGAUCAUGAUCUGCAUCUCGACCCGGUACUUCGCAGCCGUGAUUCCACCCCUGUGCCUGUUCCUGUGGAUGCUGCAGAAGUUCUACCUCCGCACCUCCCGGCAGAUGCGGCUGCUCGACCUGGAGGCCAAAUCCCCGCUCUUCUCGCAGUUCCUCGAGACCCUGUCCGGCUUGGUGACUAUCCGUGCGUUCGGAUGGACAUCCGUCUUCGAAGACCAGAGCCUCGCCCUUCUAGACGAGUCGCAGCGGCCCUUUUACCUGCUGUUCUGCAUUCAGCGAUGGCUGGAACUUGCGCUGGAUCUAUCCGUCGCGGUGCUCGGUGCAACCCUCAUGGUGCUGGUGGUCAAGCUGCGCGGGACGCUGGGCACCGGCUACGUCGGGCUUGCCAUCCUGAACGUCAUCACCUUCAGCCAGUCGCUCUCGCAGAUCCUGCGCAACUGGGCGGACUUGGAGACAUCUAUUGGUGCGAUCGCCCGCAUUCGAGAGUUUGUGGCCCAGACCCCUUCCGAGGAUCAACCUGGCGAGACGGUGGGGCUGGCCGAGGAUGUAGACUGGUCUUCGUGGCCGUCCAGGGGAGCCAUCGAGUUCCAAAACGUAUGCGCAUCGUACACGGCCGGAGACUCAGACCGCAACCCUGUUCUUCGCAAACUAUCCCUGUCAGUGCAAGCGGGGCAGAAGAUCGGCAUCUGCGGCCGCAGCGGGAGUGGCAAAAGCUCCCUUCUGGCGGCCCUGUUCCGCUUGCUGGAGAUCGACCCCCGUGGUCGCAUCUUGAUCGACGACGUCGAUAUCGCGCGGAUCCCCCGGCAGAUGGUCCGCCGCGCGCUGAAUGCCAUCCCGCAAGACGCGUUCUUCACACAAGGCACCAUUCGUCUCAACCUGGAUCCGGGGACUCAACCGAGCCAUGAGGAGGUGGAACGAGCGCUGCGCCGUGUGGGCCUGUGGGCUGCGGUGCAGACAAAGGGUGGAAUUGACGUUCCCCUGGACGCGAACGCAUUCUCGCACGGCGAGCGGCAGCUACUCUGUCUUGCGCGGGCACUUCUUCGGAAGAGCAAAGUCGUGGUGCUAGAUGAGGUGUCGAGUAAUGUGGAUGUCGUGGCGGAUGCGCUGAUGCAGCGGGUGAUCCGGGAGGAGUUUGCGGGCUGCACCGUGCUGGCGGUCGCGCAUCGGCUCGAGACGAUCCGGGAUUUUGAUCGCAUUGCAGUGAUGCACGAGGGUCAGCUGGUCGAGUUCGAUACGCCGGAGGCACUGCUCAGCACGGAUACUGAUUCCGGCGGCUAUACCAGUCGUAGAGGUGAGGAAGAGGCAAGAAUUGACGCAUCAUGCCAUACAUGA